AUGAUAAGUUCUCUUAAAGGUUUGUUGGUACCUUUAAUGUUUUUACUCAUCUUUACAGAUGCUGUAACAAUAUCUGAUAACACUUAUUUAGGCGAUAUUUCUUUCUCUGUCCCCCUUACCAUUGAUGAAGGUUAUUUUUUGGCGUUAGUUAACGGGAACUCUUACAGUUUUACCAAAGAUUUGCACGUGAAAGGUUCACUUUUUAUCGGUGAUUUAAACCCAUAUGGUGAUGGAUUCAGCACUACAUUUGAUGGCUCAACUAUUACAAAUGAUGGUUUGAUUGUAGUUGAUAGUAGAAACCUUACAGCUGGUUCAAUGAGUGUGUCUUGGGGUGGUACUUCACUUACUAAUCAUGGAAAAAUGUAUUUCGUAGGUCUAGAUAGCAGUUCUAACAAUUUCAAAUUAAAUCCAAGUAUAUCUUUAGCAAAUACUGGUUUAAUGUCUUUUGGCCAAGAUUCUACUUCAAAUUAUAGUAGUGUUGUACACCUUACCUCAGGGUCUUUUGUUAAUAUUGGUACUAUUUGUUUGAAAAAUGUGAAGGCAUCUUUGGAGAGUUCUAUAGCCGGUGACGGUUGUAUUACAGUUGGUCAGAAUGCUAUAUAUUCGAUACCAAUACAGUCAAGCUCUGGUACACUUGGUCCACAAACUAUAUAUUUGAGCUCUCCUUCCUCAAUGCUUUAUGUAGGCUCAUAUGGUAACACAGAUAAUAUCUUUGUUAGAGGUUUUGGUAAUGGCAACUAUUUGACGUUUCGUACUGCAAUAGCAGGUUAUAGUUAUAAUCCAAAUACUGGUAUCUUAACAAUUAAUGUGGCCACUAUUCAUAAAAUUAAUAUUGGUACUGGUUACAACCCACGUGGAUUUUCAAUGAAAUCUAUAAAUAAUCACAUUGGUUUUAAUUUUAUCAAUAACGCAUUAGUCUACAAUGGAACUGCUCCAAAUGGUUUUCCUAGUGCUUGUAUGCCAUGUGAUUCCCCUCCUUGGAUACCUAUUAUAAAUUCUAUCUCAUCUAGCUCUUCUUCUUUUUCUUCUACAUAUUCAAGUAUCUCUUCUAGUUAUUCCACUAGUUCCAUACCAUCUACUGUAGGCUCUUCCAGCUUUAUUACUUCUUCAUCAUCAUCAAAACCAAAACAAAUCACCUCCUACAUCCCAGGCAUCAUAGGCUCUGCUUCUGCCCAAUCCACAAUCACCUCCUACACCACUGAUGCCAACGGCAGCAGCAGUGAAGUUGACAUUGUUGUUGUUGCCACUCCAGUUCAAAGUACUGUUACUGCCUACACUGCAGGCUCAGUAGGUGCAGCUUCUGCCCUUUCCUCCUACAUCUCCUACACCACCGACUCCAACGGCAGUACCAAGGCCAUUGGUGUUGUUGUUGUUGAGACUCCAGCUGUUAGUCAAAUCACCUCCUACAUCCCAGGCAUCAUAGGCUCUGCUUCUGCCCAAUCCACAAUCACCUCCUACACCACUGAUGCCAACGGCAGCAGCAGUGAAGUUGACAUUGUUGUUGUUGCCACUCCAGUUCAAAGUACUGUUACUGCCUACACUGCAGGCUCAGUAGGUGCAGCUUCUGCCCUUUCCUCCUACAUCUCCUACACCACCGACUCCAACGGCAGUACCAAGGCCAUUGGUGUUGUUGUUGUUGAGACUCCAGCUGUUAGUCAAAUCACCUCCUACAUCCCAGGCAUCAUAGGCUCUGCUUCUGCCCAAUCCACAAUCACCUCCUACACCACUGAUGCCAACGGCAGCAGCAGUGAAGUUGACAUUGUUGUUGUUGCCACUCCAGUUCAAAGUACUGUUACUGCCUACACUGCAGGCUCAGUAGGUGCAGCUUCUGCCCUUUCCUCCUACAUCUCCUACACCACCGACUCCAACGGCAGUACCAAGGCCAUUGGUGUUGUUGUUGUUGAGACUCCAGCUGUUAGUCAAAUCACCUCCUACAUCCCAGGCAUCAUAGGCUCUGCUUCUGCCCAAUCCACAAUCACCUCCUACACCACUGAUGCCAACGGCAGCAGCAGUGAAGUUGACAUUGUUGUUGUUGCCACUCCAGUUCAAAGUACUGUUACUGCCUACACUGCAGGCUCAGUAGGUGCAGCUUCUGCCCUUUCCUCCUACAUCUCCUACACCACCGACUCCAACGGCAGUACCAAGGCCAUUGGUGUUGUUGUUGUUGAGACUCCAGCUGUUAGUCAAAUCACCUCCUACAUCCCAGGCAUCAUAGGCUCUGCUUCUGCCCAAUCCACAAUCACCUCCUACACCACUGAUGCCAACGGCAGCAGCAGUGAAGUUGACAUUGUUGUUGUUGCCACUCCAGUUCAAAGUACUGUUACUGCCUACACUGCAGGCUCAGUAGGUGCAGCUUCUGCCCUUUCCUCCUACAUCUCCUACACCACCGACUCCAACGGCAGUACCAAGGCCAUUGGUGUUGUUGUUGUUGAGACUCCAGCUGUUAGUCAAAUCACCUCCUACAUCCCAGGCAUCAUAGGCUCUGCUUCUGCCCAAUCCACAAUCACCUCCUACACCACUGAUGCCAACGGCAGCAGCAGUGAAGUUGACAUUGUUGUUGUUGCCACUCCAGUUCAAAGUACUGUUACUGCCUACACUGCAGGCUCAGUAGGUGCAGCUUCUGCCCUUUCCUCCUACAUCUCCUACACCACCGACUCCAACGGCAGUACCAAGGCCAUUGGUGUUGUUGUUGUUGAGACUCCAGCUGUUAGUCAAAUCACCUCCUACAUCCCAGGCAUCAUAGGCUCUGCUUCUGCCCAAUCCACAAUCACCUCCUACACCACUGAUGCCAACGGCAGCAGCAGUGAAGUUGACAUUGUUGUUGUUGCCACUCCAGUUCAAAGUACUGUUACUGCCUACACUGCAGGCUCAGUAGGUGCAGCUUCUGCCCUUUCCUCCUACAUCUCCUACACCACCGACUCCAACGGCAGUACCAAGGCCAUUGGUGUUGUUGUUGUUGAGACUCCAGCUGUUAGUCAAAUCACCUCCUACAUCCCAGGCAUCAUAGGCUCUGCUUCUGCCCAAUCCACAAUCACCUCCUACACCACUGAUGCCAACGGCAGCAGCAGUGAAGUUGACAUUGUUGUUGUUGCCACUCCAGUUCAAAGUACUGUUACUGCCUACACUGCAGGCUCAGUAGGUGCAGCUUCUGCCCUUUCCUCCUACAUCUCCUACACCACCGACUCCAACGGCAGUACCAAGGCCAUUGGUGUUGUUGUUGUUGAGACUCCAAUAUAUGGAAACUCCACUAUUUAUGGUGGAGAAACUGGAUCUACUUUAACUGGUACUUUAGUUGUUUUGACUACAGUUGUUAAUGGAGUCACUAUGACCACAACUUAUUGUCCAGAACCAUCUGAAACUUCUAAAACAAGUAUGACUGCUAUCAUUGCCCAUAAUUCUAUUGAAUCUGUUUAUUCAAAGAACCAACAAGAAGAGACCAACUCAUUUUCUGCUGUGUUCCAUGCAACUUCAGUUACUUCUAUUGCUUUUACCACCACUGGCACAGUGUUUACCAACAAUGAAAAUCAAUCAACAUCUAGAAACUCCAGAGGAUCUGCCAUUGUUGUUGGAUCCACAAAGGGUAAUGCAGAUGUCGCUUCAGAAACUGGCGUUGUUACAGGUGCUGUAACUUCUGGAAGACCAGAAACAUCUCUAACUACAAAGAUGCCACAAGUUUCCCAAUUCGUUUCUGAGCAAUUCUCGUCAUCUCCAACUGCUAUGACAGCCUCUCAUGUAAGUGCACCUUCUCUUGCAUCAUAUAAGGGUAAGGGUAGCACUAUAUACAUGAAAUGGAGUGUUGCCCAUUUUGUUGGUCUAUUAUUAUUUAUGAUUAUUUAA